UUCCAGGUUUUCUAGGUCGUUACAAAGAAGGAAUAGAUCCAAACAGAAUAUUCCCACCAUCGUCAAAGAUGUACACUUUUGGAAACUCUAUUACCACAAUUCAAGGAUGCAUCCAGACAUGUAGAGACAACUCUAAACCAAUAGCUGUACUUGCCAGUGCAGAUGAAUGUUACUGUGGUGAUGACGACAUUGAUUACCAGCAAUAUGGUGAAGCUGUGCCUGGUGAGAUGAUCAACGAAUAUGUAUUCUAUGGUACUCAACAAUGUAGUGGAGAUACUGGUACUGAACCUUACAUACAAGGAUGUGGUGGAGAUUACCAAUUAGAUGUCUAUGAUACUACUAUCGGUGCAUGUGGAGGGCAGUUCACUGGUCAUAGUGGUUAUAUAUAUUCCCCAAACUUCCCUGGCAAGUAUCCACGUGACCAGAAUUGUAUAUGGACGAUUACAGUUGAAGACAACCAUAUAAUUCAGAUUAGUAUAUUGAUGUAUAAGAUAAGUACAGGUGAUUACCUUGAUAUAAGAGAUGGUGAUGACGUAACUGCACCAAAAAUUACGUGGGACAGCAUGAAUGUGUACAGUACUGGAUAUGUAGUGUGGUUACAAUUUUAUUCAAAUUCAGAAACGAACACAGAUUUGGGAUUUGCGUUGACAUACAAAGCCUUACCUCAGUGCAGUAAACCACAGCCAUCGUACUCCAACGUGAUAACGACUCCAUCUCCACUUCAUAAUCAUUCCAAUCCUGGAGACAGCAUUACAUUUAGAUGUACAACUGGUUAUAUAUUGAAUGGAGUAAGUGUUAUAACAUGUCAAGAUAAUGGACAGUGGAAUAGUAGUGUACCUACAUGUACAGCUCUACCUCAGUGCAGUAAACCACAACCAGUGUAUUCACACGUGAUAACGACUCCAUCUCCACUUCCUGAUUAUUUCAAUCCUGGAGACAGGGUUACAUUUAGAUGUAAAACUGGUUAUAUAUUGAAUGAAGUAAGUGUUAUAACAUGUCAAGAUGAUGGACAGUGGACUAGUAGUGUACCUACAUGUACAGCUGUAUCCUGUGGUUCACCACCAUCAUUUCCAAAUGCCUACCAUACGAAUACUGAAUAUACCUAUCCAAAUAUUGUAUACUAUCAUUGCAAUGAUGGUUACUAUCAUAGUGGUGGUGGUACACCAUAUAAACAAUGUCUGGAUUCUGCUACAUGGUCAGUUGGAAUUGAACCACAAUGUACAGAUAAUAACAUGGCUAUGUACAUUGGUAUAGGCGUUGCUGCAUUUGUUACCAUGACAAUAAUCAUAUUAAUUUUGAUAUCACUGAUGCGUUGUCAGCGAAAUAGAAGUAAAACAAGCAGAGACCAUGAACUGGUGGAGGUUGGUGAAAACACCCAUGGUACAUCUCACAGAAACAUUGACGUCACAGAAGGAUGUGCAGAUGCAGAUCAUGGUCCAGGUAUGAAUGAAUUUGCAUCUGACGACACGGCUGACUAUGAUGUGAUCGACAAAAAUUACAAAAAAAAUAUCACUCCUACCAUCGCUGUUAUUGAACCUUUCUCUCGAGAUAUAAAUGUAACAGACGAUUGGAAACCUGCAACUGGUGUACAGAAACAGCGGGAUCCUGGAAUUGAAGAAAUUAAUAAUAUGGAAGCUGAAGCCACGCUGGCUAACAUGUAUGCGUGUGUGAAUAAACCCAAGACAAGACUGACACGAAAUCGUAAUGUUGAGGUAGAAAGCGUCUCUGCAUACGAUGAUGUUCAAAUAGAACAACUGAUUCCUAUCAGACUGAGUGUCGAUUUUACUGUAAAUCCACGUCCAACCUCAAUGGAAGUAAGUCGUGUUGGUGAUGAAAUUCCGACCACGCAAGUAAGUGACAUGUAUGCAUUCGUUGAAAAGCGAAAUUCUGCGAGAUCUCGUACGAUGCCAACAGAUAGACCAGUGGAUGCCGAGUCAGUUGAUGAUGAUAACAAAGUGCCUGUAGUACCACCUAGGAGAAUGUCAUUGGUAGAAUCUGAAGGGAACAAUCAGCAAGAAGGUUUUGUAGAAAAUGACAUUUACCAGUCAACUGGGGAGUCCGAUGUUGAUGAUGCCGCUUUAUCUUCACCAAUCCCACUAAAGGAUGGAAAUAGAGGCGCACGCACCACUGAGAAAACGGCAGGUGAUUAUGAAGGAUUUAUAGAGUGUGCUGUUUACCAGUCAGCUGGGGGUGCCGACGAUUAUGAAAAUAACAGCCAACCACAGGAGGGUUUUGUUGACAAUGCCAUGUAUGAAUCAAUGUAG